GGUAUUCUUGCUACAGGGGAAUCUAUAGUGAAAGUGAACAGCGUAAACUGAUUUUAGACGUUGUUUUAGUGUUGUUUAGACAUAUACAACCAGGGCUCUUAAGGCUUGCGAAACAACUCCAACGUUACAGAGGCCACAGUUAGACGUAGACACACUCGUCUUCUGACGAAAUUCAUUUGGCCAGACUCCGUUCUAGCAAAGCUAGCGACAAACAGUUGCUUUUUUUCCUCUAAAGGCACGCAAAGGAAAUGCGGUCGCUUUGAAAUUAUUGGCGUCAAUAGGAGUUUAACGUUAACUGCUAAAUGGUCAAGGGAGAUAACUCAUUUAAAAAUAGUUAAUUGCACCGAUAGUAUCUCUUAAAUUGAAGUAGAAGCAUCUGUCAGUAUUUGACAUUUUGGCCUACAGCAUUGCUAAAUCGCCAGUUCUUCUACCGUGACAUUACUAUCGUUAGUUAACAUUAACGUGUUUCACGUUAGCUUCGCGGAACCUUUUAUUUGACUGACUGCCAUGAUGGCCUCACUCGUGAACAGAGACGUGCACAGAGACUCGUAUCCCGUCACUAAAAGACGGCAGCCAGCUAACUAGCUUGCGGUCCGAGCUCGUGAGCAUUUAGCACGGUGUUCCUUAGCAAAGCUACUCGGCUAGCACCCGGCGGUGUGUUCGCCGUGUUUUGAAGCGCGCGGUUCACGUUAGAUGUUAUGUUUCAUCCCUUAACUCCAGCGGCUGUGUUUCUUGUUUUCGCCUCGAAUGUAACGUUAGCCGACUACCAUCGAAGCCGGCCCUCGUGUCUAUAAACGGUUAAAUAGCGGGAUAGUUUGAAGCGGGGCUACGUUAGCAUUUGGCUAACGCGGCUAGCUGAGCCAGAGGUAUCGUAACGUCGGCUCCGGCGGCCCCUUCAGAGCAACGACUGACAGCCGUUUGCCGCCAUUGGUUUUUAAGUGGCAGUGGGGAAACGAAGAGUUGAUUUGACGUAUUUCCUCGAGACUUACGAUGGCAGCCGUUACAGGCGAUGGCCUGUUUUUAUUGAAGGAUGUGAAGCCUGGGUCGAAAAAUCUCAAUAUCGUAUUCAUCGUGUUGGAAAUAGGCCGAGUGACCAAGACGAAAGAUGGGCACGAGGUGCGCUCGUGCAAGGUGGCAGACAAGAGCGGCAGCAUUGCCAUCUCCGUUUGGGACGAGCUCGGCAGCCUCAUUCAAGCAGGGGACAUCAUCAAACUGACCAGAGGCUAUGCGUCCAUAUGGAAAGGCUGCCUGACCUUAUACACUGGAAGAGGAGGGGAUCUACAGAAGAUUGGAGAGUUCUGCAUGGUGUAUUCAGAAGUGCCCAACUUCAGUGAACCAAACCUAGAGCUCGUCACAAACCAGCAAAACAAGUCUGGUAAACCAGACCAGAGCCAGAGGGGAAACUCUCCACCCAAUCAGAAUUCAGGUACACCUGCAACACCAGGUAAUGGUGCCAUGACAUCAUUUGCCAACAACAACAACAACCCAAUACCCAGUGCAGCCCGUGACACUGGGUUUGGGAGCGUUGGGCGACCCAACGGCCGGUCACCUGGCAACGGAGCGCCUCCAGUGACUGCUGCUGCUGCAGGACCCUCAACUACUGCAAAGUCUUCAGUUUCCAUUAGCAACGGCCGGGACCCACGACGUGCCAAAAGAUGAAAUUGGGUCAUGGGGGGGGGGGGGAAUUAUGUGGGCAAACUAUCAUCAUCCCCUCCUGCCCCUUUCAUCACAACCUAUUUUUAAAUUAGGGACUGCUUGCAUAAUUUUCCGAGAUGCUAACCUAGUGAAAUUUGUCGUGCUCUCGGAAAGCAGCAGAGUGACUGAUCUACCACCCGAUGGUUCACGCCACGGUCCGCCCUCUCAGUCUCCGCCCCCUUCUCUUCUAAAUCUCACUGCAAGUCGCCCGCUCCGUGCCAGUGUUUCCUCCCCCGUCCUUAGCCCCUUCACCUGUUCUCUUCUUUCAAACUACACACCCUACUUGAACACUCGAUGCACUUUCUUCAAUUAAUUUACGUCGGGGUAACCUCGGCUGUCAUUUAAAUCAGGACAUGCGUUUGCUUUUCAGCGGGGGAAAAGCCUUACGUUGGUGAAAAUGAGUUUUUGGACUGAUCACAUGAGCGAAGGGUCUCGUCCCUCAUAACCAAACUGUAUCCAAAGUGAAUCUGUGAAAGGAAAGGUGUUAGUUUUGAGUUUUUAAUGUUCGAUAGGUAAAUUGAUAUUAAACAUUUUUGUUUUGUUUUUCA